UAUACAGAAACUCAAGGGGAAAUGUUCAAGACAAGUUAAGAGUAAGAGAUGAGAAGACACUAAAUGAGAGUGGAAGAUGAAGAGAACUCUGGAAAAUAUGAUACAAAGCCUUACAUAGAUUGCUUUGAAGGGAGAGUGUACAGAAGAAGAAGACAGAGUAAUAGAAUGAAUAAAAGGAGCAUUUUAGAAAAACAAACAAGAUUUGUUCUAAAAGGUGACAGACAACUCAUGGGCUUGCUGAGACUGUGGCAAAAAGAAGCAGGGGACAGUGCACAAACAAGCAAAAACAAAUAUAAAGGGUGUGCUUUCCAGUCUUUGAAUUUACUGCACAUCAAUGUGUAUCAAGCAGAGUCUCUUCACAUUGCCUUUGGUGACCUGUGUUAUGGCUGCCGUCCUAGGAUCUCUCCAGGUUGGGUACCACUCAGGCAACAUUAACUCACCAGAAAAGAUAAUUGAAAUUUUUUUUAAUGAAACAUGGGAAAUGCGGUACAACUGUUCACUAUCAGAGUCCAGCUUUUCCCUGUGGUGGUCUGUCACAGUCAGCAUUAAAGAUUUUGGAGGAAUGAUUGGAGCACUAGGAGUCAAAGUUCUUGCAGACACUUAUGGAAGAAGGAAUUCCAUUCUUGUGGCCAAUGGCAUAUCCAUUCUGAGCACAUGUUUGAUGUCUUUGUCCCACCUCUGCAAAUCAUUUGAGUUGCUCAUUUUAGGUCGAUUAAUCUUUGGACUAUUCUGUGGUCUAAUAAUGAGUCUGAACCCUCUCUACAUUCAGGAGAUUUCCCCCAGAUCAAUGCGGGGAGCAUGUGCGACAGUUAACCAGGCCUUAUUUUCCAUUGGUAUUUUAUUGGGCAUGUUAAUGAGUCUGGAUACAGUUUUGGGCACAGAAGAUUGCUGGCCAUUAAUGCUUUCACUGUCCUUGAUACCAGCAUUUCUCCAAUACCUUUUCUUACCCCUCUGUCCAGAGAGCCCUCGUUAUCUGAUUAUAAAUCAAGGGAAAGUAGAAGAGGCCAAAAAGGUCCUACAAACCCUUCGAGGACCUUUGAGGGAUACAUCUAGCGAGAUUAAAGAGAUGCAAGAUGAGGCAAUUAAUAUUCAGUCAAAGGUCACCGUCAAGGCAUUUCUAACUAGACGAAGCUACAGGAUGCCAAUCCUAAUUCUCAUUGUUAUUAACUUAGCUGUACAUAUGUCUGGGUUCAACAUAAUAGUAAAUUAUUCAACUAGUAUAUUCAGAGCCUCUGGUCUUCCACAUUCUCAAUCACUUACCCUUGGAGCUGGUGCUAUCAAUACUUUCUUCACCAUUGUCUCUGCAUCCUUAAUGGAACGAGCAGGACGUCGGAAAUUACUCCUGGUUGGCUUUGCUGUAAAAGUAUUGUGUAAUGUGUUGCUAACUAUCACAACUUCUUUGACCACCAUCUCUGGGAUGCCUAUUGUACAAGUUGUGGCUGUUUUCGGUCUGGUAUCAGCUUUUGAACUUGGACCUGGCCCGAUAUCUUGGUUUAUUUCUGCGGAACUUUUUGAUCAGGCUGCUCGACCAUUUGCAAUGUCCCUGACUAGCUUGCUAAACUGGGGAGGAAAAUUCCUGUCCACUCUACUUUACACACCACUACUGAUGGUGAUUGGACCCUACGUUUACAUUAUAUAUGCAGGUAUUCUGAUUGCUGCAUUUGUUUUUGCAUUUCUUCACCUACCAGAAACUAAGGGCCGCACAUUUGACGAAAUUUCUUCAGAGUUUCGGAAAACUGAUGGCAUCUUAUUGGAUGUGAAAUAUGGAUUUAAGACUUUUCAAUGAAAUAAUGGUCUUAGUACUUAAUAUUUUCAUGCAUCUAAGAUAUCGAGGUAUCAUGAAAAAAUUACCAAAAAAUAACAGUAUCAUAGUGUUAGCCUUCCUGCUUCACAGGCCCAAACCCAGCACAGUCGGGUCCAGGUAAAUCUCAAAGAUGUUCAGAUUAAGUUGCAUGAUAAUCAUGUAUAAUUCAGUACACUAAUAGCUACAAUAUGGCUACAACAAGAAUGUUUUUGAAGUUCAUGGGGAAUUAAAAUUCACAAUUUUGGUAUGGUCUGAAACUGCAGGUAGAGUGUUGUUGUAAGCAAUUUAAUUAAAUGAAAAAUUAAUUUUCAGGAAUUUUUGAUUUCUACAUUAGAAGGUGGUUUUAAAGAAAACUAGCACCAUGUCUAUGGUAUUAAUGUAACAAACCAGCAAGGACAGGAAAAGCUGAUCAGUUAAACUUUUUAGAAGAUAGAAGCAGACAGAAUGUGUUAAGGACCCUAUCAAACCUAACGUUAAUCCUACUUUAAGAUAAAGAUUACAGGGUCCCUACGAAGUACACCAAGUAUGCUUAUUCUGUUAAACUCUACAAUAUUAUAGAAGUAAAUAAAUAACUACAUACAUACAAACAUACAUAUAUACAAACAUACCUAAUUAAAUAAAUAAAUCUACCACAAACAAAGUAUAACAAAAAGAUCAAGCAAUAUCAAGCAUUAAUAAAAAAUGAUAUCAAAAAUAAAUGAAAUAUGGAAAUAUUGAACUACAAUAAAUUCCUUACAAAGGUAGCACGAGAAAUUCAGAGUAAUUAUAAAAUAGGACAACCUACCUGUCAUAUCUCAGCUCCUUAAGUGAACAAAUAAAGCCGCAGAAACACUGUAAACCAUUGCUUGUACUCAGAACUCAUGGAGAAGCAUGUUUUAGUACUUUUAGGAGAAAUGCAUUGUUUCAUUCAUAUUUGGCUCAAUUUUUUCUGUGAAAAUAAAAAAAGUUAAUACAUUUAA